AUGUAGGAAUACGAAAGAGUAAAAUUUAUCUUUACAGUAUUGGAAAAGUUUAUUGUCAUGGUAUAUCAUUUAUCUAUAGCAGGAUUUAAAUAGUAAAAUAGCAUUGGAUGACCUAAAAUUUACAUUCACUAAUAUUCUGAAAAUAGAUUUGUUUGCAAAAAGAUUAUAGUUUUCAAUUACAAAAGGGUUAAAAUAAUAUAGUCUCAAUUCACAAUAAUCCUUAAUCUAGUAAGAGAAUUUAAGAAUUUUUAAUUUAAAUAAUUAAGAAAGAAAAUAAAUCGAUAUAAAUGUAAAAUUUAUAGAAGAAGGUGCAUGA